CUUGAAGAACAUUCGACAUCGGAAUCUUGUCAAAGUAUUAACAGUCAUUUCAGGUGCUGAUUACCAAGGUAAUGAUUUCAAAGCAUUGGUUUAUGAGUUCAUGGCAAAUGGAAGCUUGGAGAAUUGGCUGCAUCCAUCUACCAGUAUCAAUGAACCCGAGACGAUAAGAAACUUGGACUUCUUCCAAAGAGUAAACGUGGCUAAUGAUGUUGCUCAUGCACUCGAAUUUUUGCACCAUCACUGUGUACCAUCAAUCAUUCAUUGUGACCUCAAGCCAAACAAUAUUUUACUCGAUGAGGAAAUGGUUGGCCAUAUAAGUGAUUUUGGCUUGGCAAAAAUCCUCUCUGCAGAUAUGCUUAACUAUUCUACUAAUCAGUCAAACUCCCUUGGAUUAAGAGGAACUAUUGCAGUAAAAGUGCUUAAUCUUCUGAACCAUGGAGCUUCCAGGAGUUUCUUGAUUGAAUGUGAGGCCUUGAAAAAUAUUCGACAUCGGAAUAUAGUCAAGGUAUUAACAGCCAUUUCAGGUAUUGAUUAUCAAGGCAAUGAUUUUAAAGCCUUGGUUUAUGAGUUCAUGGAAAAUGGAACCUUGGAGGACUGGUUGCAUCCAUCUGUUCACAUGAAUGAACCAGAGACGAAGAGAAACAUGAACUUCUUUCAAAGAGUUAACGUGGCAAUAGAUGUUGCUCAUGCACUAGAAUAUCUGCACCAUCGUUGUGGAACAUCGACAAUUCAUUGUGACCUCAAGCCAAGCAAUAUUCUACUUGAUCAGGAAAUGGUUGGCCAUCUAAGUGACUUUGGCUUAACAAAAUUCCUUUCUGUGGAUGGAUUUAGCUAUCCUGGUAAUCAGUCAAGCUCCCUUGGAAUAAGAGGAACUAUUGGUUAUGCACCACCAGAAUAUGGUAUGGGAAGAGAGUUGUCAACAAAAGGUGAUGUGUAUAGCUAUGGAAUCCUCUUACUAGAGAUGUUUAUAGGGAAAAGGCCGACCGAUGAAAGAUUCAAAGAAGGUUUAAAUCUGCACAACUUUGUUAAGGCAGAUUUGCCUAAACAAAUGAUCAAGAUUGUAGAUCCCACUCUUUUUCAAGAAAGAGUCAGACAAGGAAACAUCCUAGACAUUACUCUUAGUGGAAACAGUUUGGGAAACAGAGAACUCUUUUGGUGCUUGAAUUCGGUACUCGAGAUAGGACUCGCUUGUUCUGCUGAAUCGCCGAGUGAACGGAUGGACAUGAGUAAUGUUGUGACCAAACUUUGUUCCAUUAGGGACAAACUUCGUCCACCUCAAUUACAUUGUGUGGUUCGAACUUAG